GGACGCGGUCCCACAGGAACCAUUCGAUGAGUGCAGCUGUUUGUAUCCGACUACUUCCGGGGUGUGUGUAGCUCCGCUGCUAACAUUAGCCGUGACCACCGAUACUUUACCCCACAGUCUCCUGUAGUGUGCAGGAUCACAGAUCGCCAGCACAGAAUGGAUGGCGAAGAGAAAACCUAUGGCGGCUGCGAAGGCCCAGAUGCCAUGUAUGUGAAGUUGAUAUCUUCUGAUGGCCACGAAUUUAUUGUAAAAAGAGAACACGCAUUGACAUCCGGAACCAUCAAAGCUAUGUUGAGUGGACCAGGUCAAUUUGCUGAGAAUGAAACCAAUGAAGUGAACUUCAGGGAGAUCCCUUCCCAUGUGCUGUCAAAGGUCUGCAUGUAUUUCACUUACAAGGUCCGCUACACCAACAGCUCCACGGAAAUACCCGAGUUUCCCAUCGCUCCAGAGAUCGCACUGGAACUGCUCAUGGCUGCAAACUUCUUGGAUUGUUAGAACGAUACACAAUGUAGCUGCUUAAAACAUUUUUAGAUUAUUUUGACUAUUUAACUUGUUUUGCAAUGUUCAACCUAUACACAAUUGAUCUGUAUUUCUCAUAUGAAAUUUAAAGAUUUUCUUUUUGCACUCGAUGGUUUCCUCAUUUUAUUGAUAGAAAUGCAUUUCUGAUUUUAAACUUUAAGGACGGAGAUCGCAGUUUGCGCCACUUGCCCCAUAAUGUGACAAGAAGAAAAAUGGUUUCACCAAAUGCAUAAUUUCUCAUCUGCUGAAUUUCCCUCUAGGGAUUAUUAAAGGUUAAUCUUAUCUCGUCUCCAAAUAAA